CUUCGUGAACGCCUCGCCGUUGCCAGUGCGCAUUGCUACACUCCGUUUGAGCCGCGCUCUUUCAGUGGCGUCGCGCGCGCGUACUUGCUCACCGUUCCGCGUCACUUGAAGGAGGCCGUGUCCAGCGCGAACAGAAAGCGAGCUGCGAUAAAAAGGAAAAAAAAGUUAACAAGCAAUAUAAGCAAGCGGUCAAGAGAGCAGCAGCAUCAAAAGCGGUGGCAGCUCGGCAAGCUUCGUACGAGAGUGCGCACGAACAAACGCACACACCGGUGGUGCCGGUCCCCCCCAACGCCGCUGCCGCAGCUCGCCAGUCCGUUGACCGGUCGCGAGUGUAGCAGACGACGCGCGGUGCUGACGGUGCCUACCAGCAGACGACGGCGACGUCUUCGAGCAGACGACACGGCGUGUGUUUGUGUGUGAAGUGCGUGUGUGUGCGUGUAAAUUCAAGCAGACGAGAUCAUGGUCGGCCUUCUGGUGCGUGCCGGCCCGAAGCCAAUCUUCGAGCCAAUCGAAGCUGUCUUCUGCCCUUCCAUCUCGGACAAGCUCGCGGCCUGCGGAAGCCGCCGCCGACAAAUCGGCGGCGGCUGGGCCGACAUGGAGGCGGCCGAGCGGAGGUCGGCGGUCCCCGAACUGCGGCCGCCGUCCACAAGACUCUCUGGGGCAGAACACAGGGCAAGGGCACCGUCUCUUGGCUACUUGCAACGAAGUCAGAGUCUGAUACCGCAGAGGAGGCCGUCCAGAACAGCCCGGGAACGCAUUGUCACGAACUGCCUGCUGUACCAGAACGUUGGGGAACUCCAGCAUAUGAUAAAGCAGUCAGCGAAAGAAAGGCUUCAGCUGGAACGUCAAGUGGCUCACCUGCACCAAGCCAUUCGAUUGCAGAAGGAAAGAAUCGAGCACGAGUACCGACUUCGGCUUCGAGAUGUGGAGGAUCGUCUUAAGGAGCAGGAAUCCCAGCUAACCCAGCUGCAGAAGGAGCUGGAUGACCGUUGCGAAAUCAGCGCCGACCUGGAGCGGCAACUGCUUGAAGCCCUGGAGCAGAAGAUCGAGGUCGAGGCCCAGAACGCAACCCUCGAGGAGGAAGUCGCCAGGCUACGGACGGCGGAGACGGAGCUGCGCGUGCGCUCGGCUGAGCUGGAGGCCGCCCGGGGCGAGGCGUCCGCCCUGGAGACCCUGGUGGGCCAUCUGCGACAGGCGGCCGACCAGCGCCGCCUGCUCGAGAGGCAGCACGCGCAGGCGCUGCAAGAAGUGCGAGCCGCGAAGGCGGCCGCCGCGGCCGCCAAGGGCUCGGCCGAGGCUGCGCACCUGCUCGCCAUACAGACGCUCGAGUCCAGGGUGCGUGAGCUGCAGAAGAAAUGCGAGCUCCAGAACGUGUUGCACGAGGAGCUGGUGCUGGAGAUGGCCGCUCUCCGGCGGCAGCAAAUGCAGCAGCAGAGGACGCGGACGGCCAGGGAGUCCUGGAGGUCCGGACGCUCUCUGUCUGCGGAGGUGGUGCCUUCGGACCUGGGCGACCGCACGAGCCUGCAGAUUUCCGACCACCUCCUGCUGGAGGCCGAGCGCUCGUCCAGCUCGAGUCCGCGGGGCGGAAGCAGCGGCGGCGCGCGGUCGGCCUCGCCGACGCCCCUGAUGGACGUCAUCACCACCGCGACCACGACCACCUCGUCCUCCUCGCGGCCUUUCCUGGACAUGGCCCGCUCGGCCGGCACCGACGCCCUCUCGCAGCUGGCCGCGGCCGCGGCAUCGGCGGCGGGAGGAGGGGCCGGAACGCCUUCCUUAACCUGCUCCUCGGUUCUGACGCUUUAUUUCCAACGUGAACCUCGGCGUAUCACUUUGUCGGAGUGCAAGCACAGCACGGAGUUGUCGUUGACUCGCGCGUCCCCUGCGACCACUUCGACUACGAGGGAAGUGGACCGAAUCUUGGCGAGGAUCCAGCAGGACAACCGGGUCCUGGCCGAACUCGAGAAAUCCAGGGCAACCAUCGGCUCGCCGGUCUCCGUGGCCAAUCUGGAGCGGCUUCGGCAAAACAUCGAGGCCGGAGAAGCCGCCAACUACGGCAUGUCGGCAACCGGCGCGGACUCGCUGUCGGCCUCGGUCGCUGCGCUCCUUCUCCAAUCGCAGCUCAAAUCGUCAUUUUCAUCGCCAGCCAUCGACCAGCUCUCCAUAGAACCUCAUCGGACAAGCCAGCUUUGCUCUCAGCUCAGGCCAAGGGCCCUGCAAAGGUCGACGGUGACGAUGCAGGAGCUGGACGGCCUGAUGGCCAAGCUGGAGCAGGACAACCGCAUCCUGGCGGAGCUCGACAAGAAGCGCUCCUGCCUAGGAUCGUCGUGCGGCCUACUUCCGGCUCGGCUCUGCGGGCCGUCCACGUCGGCGGCGCUGAGCACGUCCCUGAGCAGCACCCUGAGCCUGAGCGGCGGCGGCAGCAGCGUGGGCCACGCGACCACCGCCUCGUCGCUGGCGCCCGUAGCAGCAUCGCGCAGCAGCCUGGCGCAGCGCAACGCCAGCAACAGCCUGACGCUGCCGUCGCUGCCGCCCAACGGCAUCGUCCAUUCGGCGGCCGUCUCCACGGCCAUCCAGCAGCAGCAGCAGCAACUGCAGCAACAGCAGCUUCAGCUACAGCAUCUACUGCACCAGCAGCAAAGCCAGCAGCCCGUCACACCCACGCCACGGCUUCACAUCGACGCGCAGACGGCACAAGCGCUGGCCGUGGCCUCGAGCCAGCAGCACAACCAGCAGCCGUUAGCCACGCCGCCGCAGCAGCAGCUCUCGGCCCAGCAGCAGCAGCAACAGGUCGAGGAAGACCCGCUGGGCGUCGACUCAGUGGAGUACCUCGACCUACCGGGCCGGGGCCGCUGCCGCGUUUACGUGGCCCGAUACAGCUACGACCCGCUCAAGCAGUCGCCCAAUGAGCACCCCGAGGCCGAACUGUUCCUCUCCGCCGGCGAUUACAUACUCAUAUUCGGAGAGAUGGACGAGGAUGGUUUCUUCAAUGGAGAACUCCUCGACGGCCGCAAGGGACUGGUGCCUUCCAACUUUGUCGAAAAGCUCACUGGCGAGGACCUGCUUGAGUUCCAGACGUCCAUCCUGUACGGCAACCGCGACUCGGACGACAGCAGCGCUAGCGUCAGCUACGCGCCAGACUUGGACAACCUGGCCGGAUCGGAGGAGCAGCAUAGGCUGCCCCCAGAGGACUUCCAUCGAAUGAAUGACUACAUCGAUUUGGAAGAUAUCGAAGAAGUGGACGAAGACGCGCUUUCCGAGACCGAACGAGAAAACGACGGCACUGGCGGCUCCGCGGGCUUCCCGGUGCCCCCUCCUCAGCGGCUGGUGCUGGAGCGCCAGCUGAACAAGAGCGUGCUCAUCGGCUGGCUUCCCCCCGACGUGGUGCUGGGCUCCCUGGAGGCUUACCACGUGUACGUGGACGGCGUGCUCAAGGCCACCGUCCGAUCCGGGCACCGUACCAGGGCGCUCCUGGAGGGCGUCGACGCGGCACAGCCGCACCGGAUCAGCGUGAGGUCUGUCCUGACCUCUGGCCAGCAUUCAAGGGAUGCCGCAUGCACCAUUGUCAUCGGGAAGAACGUUCCGCUGGCACCGAGCUGCGUGAAGGCUUCGAACAUCACCUCGACGACGGCGACCAUCAGCUGGCUGCCGAGCAACUCCAACUUCAGCCACGUGGUGGCCGUCAACAGCGUGGAGAUGAAAUCGCUCAAGCCGGGCACGUUCCGCCACCUGGUGACGGGACUCGCGCCCAACACCUCGUACCGGGUGUCGGUGCGCGCCAAGCCCGGCCGGCUGCUCAUGUCGUCGGCCGCGGCCGCGCUCACGGGCGCUUCGGCGUCGGCCGACGAGCACGCCAAGGGCGCCGAGCCGCGCAAGCUCGCCAGCAUGCUCACCUCGUUCGUCGACUUCAGGACGUUGCCGAAAGGUAUUCCGGACCCGCCCGUGGACGUCCAGGUGGAGGCGGGUCCACAGGAAGGCACCGUGCUAGUCACCUGGCUACCAGUAACCAUCAACGCGUUGGGCACCUCCAACGGGGCCGCCGUCACCGGAUACGCUGUCUACGCAGCCGGCAAGAAGGUCACCGAGAUCGAUUCACCCACAGGUGACCACGCUCUUCUGGAAGUGACGUCCCUGCUGCCGUUGCACACGCGAGCCAUCACGGUGCGAACACGGGCGGGUGACUCGCUCUCCGUCGACUCUCUGCCCGUCGUCGUGCCCGACGAACUCGUGCAUCCCACCCGGACGUCCAAGUCGGCGGAACGCGUCGAAGAGAACCACUCGGAGUUGUCCGACAUUGUGGAGGAACUUGAGGACGAGAUGAUGGAGAACGGAGAGCUGGGUCACCGCGGAGCUCGCGGUUCGCGAGGCGUUCAAGGACCUGGCGGAAGGAAGCAUCACCAUCAUCACCAUCACCACCACCACCAACAGCCCCAGCAGCAACAGCAGAACAUGCAGCAACAGCAACAACCCGCCAUGCAUCACACUCAGCCACAACAUCACCAGAUGCACCAGAUGCACCAACCCGGCGGCCACCAGCAGUACCAGCAGUCGGGCAACAUGCACCAGCCGCCCCCUCAGCAGCCGCCCGUGGCGCAGCGGCGGCAGGGCCCCGCGAUGGCCCAGCAGCCGAUGCACCAGGGUGUCGGCGGUGGCGUCCACCACCACGGCGUCAGGCGCAGCGAGAAGCGAAACUCGGCCGGCCAGCUCAUCAUCGAGCCGGAGGACGCGCUCAGCGACAAGGAGAUCUACCCCUACUACGGGCCUUCGGGCAUGCCCAUGGACAUGGCCAAGGACAAUGAAGGAGGAGGCCUCGGCGUGGUGGACAACUACUCGGAGGAAGAGUUCGCCAAGUACGACAUGGGACCGCGGGGCGGCGCGCCGCGUCCAGCGGCCAGGCACCAGGUCCCCGGCCGGUACCACGGCGGAGGAGGAGGAGUAGGAGGGCCUCGGGGCGGUGUCGACCAGCACUGGUGGCGGCAUGGCGUAUCAAGAACGACCUAGGCCACGUCACCAACGCCACCCUCGAGGGCUAUGCGUCCGCUGGUUGACGACGAACCGCCUCCGGCCAGGGGAACCUACGGUCGCCCGUCGGGAACAGGGCGCGGCAGCAGCGGCGGCCAGAGGCAACCCCGAGUGCGCUGGUUCGUUGCGCUGUUCGACUACGACCCGCAGACCAUGUCGCCCAAUCCGGACACUGCCGACGAGGAGCUGCCUUUCCAGGAAGGGGACCUCAUCAAGAUCUAUGGCGGCAAGGACCAGGAUGGCUUUUACAAAGGAGAGUGCAACGGCCGCGUAGGUUUUGUGCCUUGCAACAUGGUGUCCGAGGUACAUUUGGACAACGAGACCAAUGAGCCACCUAGGUCGCGGCCUACUCAACACAGAGGAAACGAUUCUUGGGGAGGUGUUAUGCGACCACAGCCCAAGAGGAUGGUAGCUCUCUACGAUUACGACCCGGCUGAACUCAGCCCGAACCCAGAUCCUUUCUCGGAGCUGGCGUUCAGCACGGGCGACGUGAUCUACGUGUACGGCGACAUGGACGAGGAUGGCUUCUACUUUGGCGAGCUGCGCGGCCAACAGGGUCUGGUCCCUUCCAACUUCCUCACGGAGGCGCCGGCCGACUACGCGACCAACGACGGACAGCGGGGACCGUCUAGGCACGGUUCGUUGCAACAGCAGCACAAAGCCUCUUUUACUAACAGAACCAGUGAGAGCCCAACCUCUGUCAUGACCUGCGGGGCGAGCCCUCCAUGGGAGGCGGCGGACCCCGAGGUGGCGGCGGCGUCCACCCGUCUCAAGGAGUCCACGGGAGCGGCGGAGGCGGCUCCCAGAGGUCGCACUCGUCGGCCCCUGCGCACCAGGCUCCUGGGCCGGCGGGCCGCCACGGGCCGCCACCGGAGGACCACUGGUCGGCGCAGCAGCAGCAACACCACCACCAGCAACAGCAGCACCAGCAGCACCAGCAACAACACGCCUACCAGCAGCCGCACCAGCAGCGGGGCGGGCCCCCGCCAGGCUCGGGCGGCGGCUCGCUCGAGCCGUCCCACUACGAGCACCGGUCCCCGCACGAGCAGCGCGCCGCUUCGUACGCGUCUCGGCCGGUCGUGGGCACAGCGCAGCGAUGGUGAGGCGACGCCGUCGACGCUCCUCCUGCCCGCCCGGAGACGCGGCUGCCUGCAGACCCGGCAGCUGAAGCGGCGACGAGCGGUGACGCCACCGCGGCCACCUUCGACCCUGGUGGCCAACGGGAAGCAUUCGCCGGCGCCGGCGACGCCGGUCGCCGAGUCGCCGCCGCCACUCGAACAGCUGAGGCCCAAGAAGAAAGGCCGCUUCCGCUUCCUGCACGCGCUCAAGAGACUGUUUGGCAUGAAGGGAAAGCGUGGCGCCGCGCCUCCUCCUGUCCCCUGAGAAUGCCCUCCCGCCGAGAGGGCCCGAGGGCCAGCCAUCUCUUCUGAAGAUCUGAGCAGGGCGUCGCUCGCUCGAGAGGCAGCGCUGGAUAUAGGCUCGCCUGCACCGACGUGUAGCCGGCAAGGCUUAGCUCACGCCGCGCUCUCUUUCUGCAUGGCUCCGCUUCGGGACGCACUUACGUAUGCUGUGACACGUAAACGCGGAUGUCGAUUGUUCGUCCUGCUUUGCUGUGCGUUUGAGGAGGGUAAGACUAGACGUCUAGUUGAAUGAUCGACAGGUCGACUAAAAAUGCCACGUUGACAGACAUUGGAGUUGGAAACAAUGCCUGAAACUGGAUUGGAAGAAAUGCCGGCAAAGCCGGCUUUGGAUUUACGGAAGGUGGUGAGUGACCUCUACAGAGGUGAGGAAGAAGUGGUACAGAGGGCUAACAUUUACGAUUUUUACUCAAGGUCCUUCCGUGGUUAUUAAGAAGGGCAAUACUGUGUUUGAGACAAACAAGCCAAUGAAUAAACGCUAAACACCUCCACGUUAUGGCCAUUCAUGAAAGCUUGACAAAAAAUGGAGCUCAAGAAACAUUUCUCUAGGGAAUACGGAAGAGAGUACUCUGGAGCUCUCCUGGAUCUCUCUGGUUUCCAUACCUUGCGUUCUAGAGAAAUCGAACCCGUAUGUCUAAAACAAAUUCUAGAGAUGCAGCCAUCGACAUCGCUUGAAGGCAUUCAGCUUGCCCCUAAGUCAGAUCGGACACCAAGGUUCCUGCGUACUUAGAGUGAAAAUCGUCCGGUCUGUCCUCAAGAGCAGGACGAACAAUGCAUUCCGCCUUUGCUUCGUUCUGGAAGCGGUUGACCCUCUGCUCGAAGUAAAAAAAGCCUCUUGGUCUUCUGCUGGCCACCAACAUCUGUCGUACCUCACUGGCCUUUAUUUCACCCUCGUUUGGAGCGUUAUGCUAAAAGCGAACAACCUCUCUUCACCACGCUGUUCACCCUCGAGAAUAAAGGCCACAUGCUCCAUUCGGUGGUCGUCGUUGAAACGUUUGAAGAGACAUCGCCAUCUCGUCGUGCAGGACGGCGAGAACACGCCUUCCGUCGCAACACUGCUCAGCGAGUGUGCAUGACGUUGUGGCCAGUGCAUCGUGGACAAGAAACUCUCGAAGCCACCCCCCCAAACCCACCAUUUUGUCACCUGCUGCAUACGCUGCCUUCUGGGGCGAGAAGAACCGGACAACUUCCGCAAUGGUGUCUGUUCGUGCGCGUCGUCGUGUAUCCAGCAGAAAUGGCAGGCGCCAGAGGGCCUACCUGCGUGUAUUAGCUGUGUGAUUUGUUCUCGCAUACAAACUUUUAAGACUUUACGUGAAUUCUUUUACUUCUCGUUGUCUCGAUCCCUUCCCGUGUCCCAUAAAAAAAACGUCGAUUAACGUUCAAAGGAAGCAUGAUCAUAUUCAAUGUACAAAGGAACUGUCUUAACUGAAUUUUCAUGUCACAGGUCUGCGCGUCAUUAAGCUAUACUAUAGCGGCUGUGCGGUUACGUGCUGUGGUCACCAUAUAGUAGCGCAAAGCUGUACCGCAUACACACACAUACCCACACACACACACACACACACACCUGUAUCGUUGAUCGCACUGGGGCAGUUUUGUUUACACCAAGCUUUGUCUUGUUUAUGCUUGUUCGUGUUAUUUUAUUUUUCUUUUAUGACACCGCGGAAACUUAUCUAAUCGAGCCGCUGAGCAUCGUCUUCAAAUAAUUUUGUAAGCGAGCUCCACACUGUCUGUACAUCGGUGUCUGCACGUCUCGAGCCGUUUUCACAGUGUGGGGCGCGAUGGAAGUUACGUGUGCGUUCGAAAUCGACACCCAUCAGCAACCGCUGCAUCGUUUUUCGCACCGAAGCGACGUGUAAUGAAUGACACGCUAGAAAAGCAUCCCGUUUUACGAGCGGCCGCUUCCAAACCAGCCAUGAGCAGGUUCUCGCUUCGCGAAGACGCGGCAUCCUUCGGAGCGAAAUCGCAAAACGGAAUCGGAUGACGACAAGGAGCGCCAUUUUGCACAUAUCCGCGGACACGUCGCCCGCGAGCAUGCGCGCACGCUCUGAACGCCUGGUCGUUCGAGCACUUCGCGCCCCAUUCCACGUGCCAACAGCGGACGUUCCGCCACUCAGGAAUCUCGUCCCUAAACCAUGCCGACGCUUAUUAGCAUACCACUGAAACCACUUCGAACCACGCGGACCUCCCGACCUUCUUGCUUUUCCCAAGACGAAUGACGUGCGCUUGCGUGUUCGCGUCUGUGCGUGCGUGCGUGUGUAUGUAGUUUUGUCCCGCUUCGAGCUCGCUUUUGGCCCCGGUAAUAUGCACCUCUUGUGUUUUCGGUUUACUUUUGUCGUAAGCGCGACAUAAUGGCAAGAGUUUGCAUGACUUCAUUUGCACAUGAAGUACUGGUCACCAGGGAUGGACACCUUUGGUGGAGCGCAACGGGUGUCAAAAAAACAUUCGGUGGCAACUACUUGUUGCGUCCCGCAGCAACCGCACUCGUGUAAAGACCGACCGAGAUUGUUUACGCUUCCUGUGCAGAAGAGUACGGUUAAACGCUUAAGACCUCAAUUCGGCUCCAUUCCUACCAGUGGCCGCGAUGCACUAUAUAGUCAUCCAGAAGCAAUCGGUAAAUCUGUUCUAAUUUUGUUCAGGACUUUAUUAAUGGGAUAAACUUCGCCUGAUACAAUUGAAAGUAGCGCGAAAGCGAAGCAUCUCUUAAGUAAUGUUAAAGAAUGAGGAGCCUCUCAUUUGAAAUGAAAGUUCCGGACAUUUUAUAAGCGUCCUUGUGCCAUUGUUGUGGCUUCAAAACACCGCUCACACCACGAGAGGGGAUUGACCGUACAGAAGGUCACUAUAACUAUACAUACCGAGGAAUAAAGAAGACACGUUUGGUGACACGAUGACACUGAAAUGUGAUUUGACAAAGCACAAAAAAUGAAAGGUGCCAUACAACAGAGCACCCACGGGGAGCUGCUACACUGGGCCAGUAGCUGACACCCAAAUGACGUGCACCAAACCAUAAUAGACUGGAAGUCGGUAGACGUUAAACAUAAAUGCCUUGUUCUAACGCGGUCACGUACGCGAAUCGAAAUUUUCCAGCAAUGUUUUCUCUUUAUUUACAAUAUUCUUUUUUAGUUUUCUUUUUUUCUCCCUGCCUAUUACUGACCGAUUCAUGGCCUAUCCCCCGUAGUAGGUUGAGCCAUAACACCAUGCACCAACCAAGCAACCAAUGUAUCUUGCAUGUUAUUUAGCUUCGCACUUUCUUGAUAGGCCAUUCUUAUUGUUUCAACCACGUGUUUUCAUUUAUAUUUAUUCCUUCGCUCUUUCCGUGCGACCGCGCUGUGGAGUUCAUUAUCUGAACGAAGGGCUCGUUAACUAGCUGUGUUGUUCAAAGACACAGAGAUCCUUGGCUCUUGCUGAUUACUGCGCGAUUCCAGGGCCAUAUAUUGUUUCUGUGAUUGUUUGAUUGAAAUGCCUUCCGAGUUUUGUGCACAUCGGCUGCGCAACCUAAAUUUGAUGGCUUCGAAAAAUCACUCAAAACUAGCAUUGUGUCAGCUUUUCCUACUUCUUGACCCAGCAGAAACGCUGUUCAGUGUAACCCGUCGAGCUUUCUCGGGUUGUGUAGCCGUACUUUACCAUUGACUGGGACGUCGACGUGCCAUCUCACAGCUAGCUGCCAUUGACUUGAUCCGUUGGCUGCCAAUGGAUUGUUUACCAAGUAAACCAAGACAGUGUCUAGCCUUUGGCAAACGUAAGUCAGUGUCUCCUUACAGUUUACUCAUUUUACUCUGAGAAUUCGGCUCGAGUGUGUGUGUGCCUGUAAACAUUGCUCCGUAUAUCAAUUGACAGUUAAAUGCAAAGCACGUCAAAUAUCCAUGCCUUCUCAGAAGCAAAGCUGCCUGCUCGAGCUAGCCGAGUCUCUUGGAAAGCCGAGUUAAUGGUUAGAAAUGCUUUGCGAUAGAAAACAAGUAAUUGUCGACAAUGCUCGCUUCGGGGUUUCGCGAACUAGAAAAAAAAAAAGAAGAUAAAUCCUGAAGCUGAAGCCUCGCAAAGUCGAUGAAGAGAAAGUAUCCGCCUUGCUGACGCUUUGGUGCUACGUGUUUCUACCUAACGGAGCAUAGAUGUUAGGUGCGCUGAAGAAACCCGGCGACAAAGUGGCGUUGAUUUCAGAGGAGGCGGGGCGUGUCUGACCUUGUUUGAGAACAGUAGCUUUUAACAGUUUUACGCUGCUGGCGUCGUUGCUUAACUUGGCCACGUUUGUAUAUAAGGUGCCGGAGAAGAUCCCAACAAAUGAACAUUUCGCAAACUGUUACCGCUCUUAUUCCUUCGUUUUCUUCCUUCUUUUUUCAUCAACUCCUGGUGCAUACUGUGUUCGCAAACUUAACGACGCUCAAACCGACUCAGCGGUCUUCGUUUUCCACGUAAAAUGUCAACAUCACACACGCGCACACGCUGUGGGGAGUCUUGAGUAGAUAUAGGAAGUCCGAUGUAAGCAAUGUGACAUGCCUUUAAGCGCUUGCGUGGCUCAGUGGUAAAGUAAUGUGACAUGCCUAGAUGUCUUGUAAGAAAUGUCAUCUUGACAGCAUAGUUCGCCUUCUCACGCAUGUAAUAGACUGACGCCCGGUAACGUUAUUCCUUUUUCUGUGCCCACAAAUGCAGAACAAUACUUCGACAAGCGCCUAGCAACCCAACGCGUCGCGAAAUUGAUGGCCUUGAUAUUCCUUUUUGCUAACGUUGUUUCGACUUGUGCAAUGUCCAUCUAUAACAUCUAACCUAACUGAGACAUCGCGUUGAUUUUUUUCUACUGCAGAAUUAGGGUGUUUUCUAAUGAUUGUAGCCUUCCUAACUCUAUUCAGCCGUUAAGUGAAAGCAAGUUUGUCGUGUAUUUCCUAGAGUUUGUUUCUUGUAACGAUUUUGUAGGAAGAUUGACAGGUGUGCGAGUUUUUGUGAAAUUCUCGCGAAAUGUUGCGCACGAUGAGCAUUGCUAUGGCAUUGUGGGAUGUGUUCGAUGAGUGGCCGAUGUGUACAGUUAAGAGGCGACGGUAUACAAUGCACCUACGUGUGCUAAUUUCAGACGUCGUGUAAAACAGUGUUACGGCUACGCCGCACCGCAGAAGAGCCAUUUCUCGUUGGUGUUCGCGUGGUUGCAGCGUAGUCAAUCAGCGGCGAGGAAAUGCUUCGGCGGAAUACCCGUGUACAUGACCCGAUAGAAAUGCUCGUUAUCUUUAACAGACGAAAAAAACGUGAGAAUACCGGUUACAACCACUGCCCCUUCUUAUGGGAUAACUUUUGAGAACUUGCACUGAUUGUUCCUUUGUUUAGGAGUACCCAUUGGUGCCUAUUUUGUACUUUCCGCGUAGCUUCCAUGCUUUACAGCUAAUCUCUCAUUCGGCAGUAAACAAGUCUGAGCAGAUACGAUUAGCUACUUAAUUAACGGCGACCACAACAGACGUAUUUCCGACAUGUAAUCGGCGCAUGCCUUCCAUGGGUAUAGAUAGUCUAUUGAUUGCCUCUGGAUUUGUGAAUCGACACUUGUUGUCAAUCAAUGUAUAUGAACUUUCUUCAAACAUCCCGUUCGGAAGAAACCGGUGGACCGCUAUAGACUGAAAUAAUAUGCUCGACAACGACUGUUUCCUAUAGAUAAUGUGUAGAAAUCAUAUCGCCGAAAGGACAGGUCUAUGAGGAAGGCGAAUCGAUCUACAAAAAGCCCACAGGGAAUCUACGCUCUGCCAACAUUAGUUAAAGUUCUGGCCCUGAUCACAGCUUGGGCAUAGCGAAGCGGGAAAUACUGGCGGAAAUGCUUCUCAAGUGGUCGGCGCUUCAAGUAGCUCGAUACUCGCACGAGUGAUUGGCCGAGAGUUAUAUCACACCGCGCCCGUCUCGUCGUCUUCUAUAUUUUUUUUUUCUUAACGUCUUUGUCCGCGUCGCGAACGCUCGCCCCUGCGACCGCGCCGAGGCGCUCAAAAAAUCCCCACGUCGCGUCACACGUCAAUGUCCCCGCUCCUUUCCUUUCCAUAAUUCAAGCGGGUCGUGAAGCGAGGUUGAUAUACCUAUGCGGAGCGCCAGUGUUCGUCACAUAUCGUCUUUUAACCACCCGUCACUGUCUCACGGAAUCAGAGCACCGGGAAACGACGACGACGUCGCGUUAUCCUGCGGUCUUGGUGUGCAAGUCUUGUGAAUGACACGGGACAUUAGUAUGUCUUGCUCGUGUAUACAUAUAUAGAGUGACCCGGUCGGGGCCGAAAACUGGACGUCUUGGGGAUGAACCCACAACUUCGGUCUCUCGUACCUACGCGAGCGCCGCUGAGGGAGGUAUAGGACACGAACGCGAGAGUUUGAACACACACCACACACGCAUAUGUGAAUGUGCCUUUUUCAGUUGUAACCUACUUCCCCGUUCUUUGUUCGUGCAACGCGUGUCGGCCGUGUCGUGUGUGCUUGGAAAAGGAGUGAACGAGAGAAAGACAGAAAGAGCGGUGUUGUUUUUUUAUUAUUAUUACUAUUAUCGUACUCUUGUUUUCAUUUUGAACGUGAGCUGCGCGCGCAAUGUAAAUAUGUCCAGACACAAAAGACACCGCAGUUUUUUCACACACACGCACACAUUCUGAUGAGGCGUUCGUCGUUUUCGUUUGCUCUUCGGAGAAGACACCGAUGCAUUAUGUGUAUAAUCGCACGAGACGUAUUGUGUAACUAAUGUGUGGCGCGUCUGUCAGCCGUUUCGGAGGUCCGCGGCGCGCGAUCGCUUUGGCCCGGCCAUUGCUGCAACCUGCUGCUGCAUGCGAGCAUUAUUAUUACUAUUAUUUGUUUUGAUGUGCAAUAACAAUGAUGACGCUGAACGGCGCAUUGUCGCUUUUAACGCUUCGCAACUCUCUGGCUGUUGCUCGCCCCCCUUACAUAUGUCCCGACCCCCUUUUGACCAAUAGCCCGGUUUGCAUUUCUGUAUUCUUCUUUAUUGUUUCAAGUUCUUCUUUAUUUAAUAACUGCACGGUGUACGGCAGCAUAUGCAUAACGCGGGAAGCUCGAGAAUAGUAAUCUUCUCAUUUCGCUUUUUUUUUUCUUUCCUGCCUAUCGUGGCUUUUUUUCUUUCUCUUCUACAACUUUUUUGCGACUGAAACCUUCGGCGCACUUCAGCAUUUGUGGCCAUCAGAUUAGCGUUAACGCCGCUGUGACGCUUGAAAUAACCCUGCAUGCGCGUUUUGGUUUGGAGGAGGGACCACAAACAUUCUUGGCCUAAGUUAUUUUGCUGACGAUAACUAUCUGGCGUUGGUUUGCCCCGCGAACCCACGAGCUUUCUGCAUCGUGAGCUCGUGCCCAAUCUAAACACAAGUACCACUGGUACUUAGCAUGUACGGUUCGGAUUAGGCGGUGUGGCGGCCGCUGCCGCCGGUACGUGCCUGUUAGCGUAAGUUGGAAAACCGUCUUAAUUAUUUGAAAAUGUCUAUUUUUACUCCUGAUACAUGUUAUUCGUAGUAGGCAUAUUUAUAGGUCACUCCGAUUCGAUAAGAAAAAUGUGUGCAGGGUGUCAAACGAUUCACCUUUUCGAAAGGACCAAGCUGGUGCCGCCUGAAAGUUGGCAGGGUUUAAAGACCGAGCAAGGCGGACGCGAGUGACGUCAAUCGCAAGUGAUUUGCGCGCAAAACACGUGUGAGAGUCCCGAUGUGUUUAGGAUGAAAAUGAAAGAGGACUGUGCAUGGUUGAAAUGUUUGGAACUGGUCUUGGAAGAGAUAUUACUGCUGCUUGCCAAAAUUGUGGCUAGUCGUUUGUUGCAGCGUCAGUGUGAAUUAUGAUGCACUUCUCGAGUUCCAUUUGUUGUGAACAUUUUUUUUUGUAUGCUUUUGUGACUCAUUGAGCGUUCUGUUUUAUGCUUGUGUCGCCAGCAGCAUCGCAUGUUUCUCGAAUUAAUGUACGCGCUAGACUCCUUUCUUCUGUUUUCAUGUUGCAACUGCUUUUGGAUCUGUGAGAGGGAGACACUUUGUUAUCUGUGAUGUUCCUCGGCGGAAAAAAAAAAGAAGCCCCGACGCCUCUCGUCCUCAGUUUGACAUGAACUUUGUCUCAAGGUUGUGCAAAACUUACUCCUUUCUUCCUUCUCCCAACCUCUCUCUCUCUUCUCCCGCUGCUGACAUUUCACCAGGUUUCAUCUUUCUCAAAAACGGUGUCGCACAUUCCGCAAUAAAAAAAGAACUAUGAUGAAGAAAUGAA